UUUUGUACUAGCUUGCAUUCUCUCCUCACAGCGACUUUAUUGCUAGUCUGCAACCUCACCUGCUCUCAACUCCCGAAUAGCUUUCCCACUCAAACGAAACUUCCCUCACACUCUCUCUCUCUCUCCCCUUCCCUCUCCUCCUCAAUUCCCACCCCCCAAAGAAAACCCCCAUUCCCUCUCUCUCUCUCUCUAAAAAUGGAAAACCCCAGUACGGAUAACCCCUGGUCUCGAAUGACGCACGCACUCGCACCGUCAACCAGCCGGAGGAGAACAAGCACCGACUCGGCCAACUCGCCCGAGUUCGAGUUCUGGAAGGUCCUCAACCCGAGCUUGCCCCAGCCCGACCUCCUCUCCGCCGACGAGCUCUUCGUCAACGGCGUCCUCCUCCCCCUCCACCUCCUCCACCUCCACCCCAACCACGACCCGCCCGACAACCCACAACCCGCAACCGAAAACCCAGACCCCGAACCCAAACCCAUCUCGGAUCCGGGCCCCGGACCCGAGCUGUCGAGUCUCCUGCCCGACCCGGCGGCGGCCGCAUUGGGGGUUUCCAAGAGAUGGAUAGAUAUGUUCAAGAAGAGCGAUAGGAAGGAUGAGAGUUGCAAAGAGAAGGAGAAGAAGAAGGAGAGGAAGGGUAAGGGUGGUGGUGGGGUUAGUGGGGCGGAGUUGAACAUAUAUUUGUGGCCUUUUUCAAGGAGUAGGUCGGCUGGGAACGGCGGGAACCGGCCAAGGACGACGGCGGCGGCUCGGAAGGUGAGUAGCGCGCCGUGUUCGCGGAGUAACUCGGCGGGUGAGUCGAAGACGAGGAGGAGUAUUCCGAGUCCGAGUCGGGUUGGGGUCCACUUGGGCCGGAGCAGCCCGGUUUGGAAGGUCCGGCGGGGAGGGGUCGGUGGCGGGAGGAGCUUUGACCCGGUGGCGGUGGUUCGGAGUCAGAAAGACGGGAAUGAAACUGGCCGGAAAAGGACAUCCGCCGCCGCCGAUGGCGGUGGCGGUGGGAGUAAGGCGAGGGCUUUGAAUUUGAAUGUUCCGAUGUGUAUCGGGUACCGACAGCAUUUGAGUUGUAGAAGCGACGGGAGCGGUGCGGUUAACGUCACGGCCGGGGGCGGUGGCGGAAGUGGACACGGUGCCGACGGCGGACGUGGCGGUAAUUUGUUUAAUCUGCGCAGCUUCUUCACUAAGAAAGUGUAUUAAAAAUCACUGAUUCCUACGGUUAAAUCACUUUUAUUAUAUGUCGUAGUAUUAUUAGUAGUCAAUACUUGAGUUUUAGUAUUGACCUUUUUUCUUAGUAAUUUUUUUUCUCUUUUAUUUAGCCUCUACUUGUAUAAAUUGUGAACAGAAAGUCCUGUCUUUACUUCAUUGGUCACACUGUAAAGUAGAUUUAGCCAGAAGGUAACUUUUCACGUUAGGGAAGUUGUUCGCCUGUCGUUAUUUCGCAGCUCUUGUUUUACCAGAGGUGCAUUUACUGUAUUCAAUUGGCUAAUUUUUGUUUGGUA